GGACUAUAAAACCGCUUUUCCCAACAUUUCGAGAAGCCGUAUCAAAAAGGAGAAUGGACGAGGGAGGAGAGACCGAGUCGGGACUCAGCGCGGGCUGGGACGAGUUGACUCACGAGUGCCUCGUCAACGUCCUCUCUCGACUCACCUUGGAGCAGAGAUGGACGGGGGCCAUGCUAGUCUGCAAAUCGUGGCUGCAAGCCUGCAAAGAUCCUUCCCUCCACUCGAUCCUCGAUCUCGAGACACACUUCGACUCGUCCGUUGAGUCUCCGCGAUGGUGGACUCCUGCGUUCGAGAGGAGGAUCGAUUCGGUUAUUCGAUCUGUCGUCAAUUGGAGCAACGGCGGUCGUCAGAUCCGCUCGAGGCACUGCUCCGAUCGUUCUCUCUCCUACGCUGCAGAAAGGUGCCCAAAUCUUGAGGUACUCUCAAUUAAGAGCUGUCCAAAUGUUACUGAUGUAUCCAUGGCUAAGAUAGCUUUUAGGUGCUCCAAGCUUAGGGAACUUGAUAUCAGCUUCUGCUAUGAAAUCUCUCAUGAGUCCCUAUUGAUGAUGGGGGGGAACUGCCAAAAUCUAAAGAUUCUUAAGCGCAACUUGCUGAAUCACUUAGAUCCUUCUGAGCACGUUGGAGUUGUCCCUUGUGAUUAUUUGAACGCUUGCCCUCAGGAUGGGAACUCAGAGGCCAGUGCGAUUGGGAAGUCUAUGCCUCAUCUGGAGCACCUUGAGCUUCGUUUCUCCAAAUUAUCCGCAAAAGGUCUUGCUUUAAUCUGUGAAGGCUGCCAGAAUUUGAAAUAUUUGGAUUUGUUUGGAUGCCAAAACUUGACAAAUCGUGAAAUUGACAAUGCUUCAUCGAAUAUGAAUAAUCUCAAGGAAGUUAAGAAGCCGAAUUUCUUUAUUCCCAGGUCAGCCUUUCAUACGGACAGAUACGAUCAUUGGAGAUUGUAUGAUGAGCGAUUCCAGACAGAUGCUUUUAGAUUUUGACAAGGGAGUCACAGUAAGCUAUACAAAGGUUUAUGACUAAAGCUAGUUAAUUAGAGUAAAUAUUAUAUAUAUAUAUAUACAUAUCAGUUAAUAUGUCUGUUGCCUAUCUACUCUCAUCAUGAUUCCUGGCAAUGAUUCUUUUGUUUAAGAUCAUGCCCAUGUUGCUUUCGCUGUUUAGCUUUAGGAAUGUGCUGCAAUCCUUUCCGGAUGAUCCAUUUCUCCUUUACAUUUGUGUUCCUUUGGUAAAAUUUUGCCAUUCUAGAUUGUAAAAGUGGGUUUUUAACAAAAAUUGUUGCUAUAUUUCACCAUA